AGAGGAUCAAACUCCAGGAACUCCGUUAAAACCGAUUCACCGGGGACACCGAGACCGGGACCGGGACGAACCCGGAAACACGAGAGGGUUCCUGUUUCAGGGGGAGGAGCGCGAGGUCAGCUGGUUCUUUUUCCUGUGUGGUAGGAACCAGUGAAGCCUGAGAGAUGUAAAGCUGAAGGAUCACUCAAACCAGGACCACGCCCCCCUACCACCACCAGCCAAUCAGCACGCAGCCUGGAGGUAAACAAGGAGUUCCUGCAGGUGAUCAGGGUUGCUGUGCUCUGUGGGACGCGUGAGGACACACAGGGAGGAAAGGAGGACCAUCAUGCACCUGAAGUCGUCUCGGUGCAGCAGCCUGUUUGUGAGGACCUGCAGUGGUACCCAUGGCAACAUCAGCCGCCUCCCCCUCUGCGUCCUCUAUACCAAUACGCUGAAGGCUCCGCCUCCUCUCCGACGGCUCCAGACCGCCGGAGAGGAUGCCGACACCCCGCUGGACAUCUGGACCGUCAUCAAGCCCGGGCACGUCCGGGAGAAGAUCGCCAUCUUCGCAGACGGCGCCGGCAGCAGCGGCCGGACGCCGCCGGGGGGGAAGAGCCACGGCACCGUGUCUCGAGCCGGGAAGGCCAAGGGGAGCCGGGAGGAGAACGGCAGUGCCAAACGGCGCCGCAGGUCAGGAAGCAACCGGAACCUCCAGCAGGAUGCGAAGACACGGGUACGGGACACGCAGCAACCGUCUCCACGGCGAUCGGGUGGCGGGCGGCGUGGCGGCGAGGCAGCGAAGAUGGCGGCGGAGGAGCAGAAGGUGUCGGUGGUGGAGAUGGUGGCGUUCCUGGAGCGGAGAGCCGGCGAGCAGCAGCCGGACUCCAAACCCCCGCUCGCCCUCCAGAGGAGCUCUGCCUCAUUCACGCUGUCCAGAGCUCCUCCCCCCGAGGCCAGGGGGGAGGAGCCAGAGAGCGUCAGGGUGUCAGACAUGGUAGCCAAGCUGGAGUCCGAGUGUCUGAAGAGAAGGACAGAGGGAGGUCUGUCGAGGAGCAGCAGCCUGAGGAGGACGGCGGGGCGCCUCCUGCUCGCCGCUGGCGACCAGAGCCCCGCCCCCUUCCGGCCUUCAUCACCGUCAUCAUCGCUAUCACUGCGUGUGGGCAGGGAGCCAACCAGCUGCUCAGAACCCGCUCUGACCACACCCCCCUCAGGUGAGGCUCCGCCUCCUGAGGCAGAACCUCUGCCAGGCUUAUUGUUUUUGUGUGGGCCUCCUGCCUCUAAGCCCCGCCCCCCUAGCGCACGUUGUGAUUCCGGCAGCCAAUCGGAGAGGAGCGCGGCUGAGGAGGAGGAGGCGGAGGAGGAGGUUGUGGGCGUGACUCUGUGCCGCCGCACGUCGGCGUCGCAGGACUUCCUGUCCGUGCGGCGCCGCCUGCAGCAGCUGCUGGAGCCGCGGCCGCUGCUCGCCACGCUGCCGCCUCACCUGCUGCUGAGCGUCCUGCUGCUACUGCCCACCAGGAGCCUCGCCGCACUCAAGUGCAGCUGCAGCUACUUCCUGUUCGUGAUCGACCACUACAGCGUGCGGCCCGCCGACUCGCUCUGGGUGUCCGAUCCCCGUUACCGCGACGACCCCUGUAAGCAGUGCAAGCGACACGGCGGCGGUGGCGACGUGUCGGCUUGCCGCUGGCACCACAAGCCGUUCUGCCAGGCGCUGCCUGGUGGCCCCGGCUUCUGGAUGUGUUGCCGUGGCGCCCGCCGCGACGCGCCCGGCUGCAACGUGGGUCUCCACGACAACCGCUGGGUGCCGGCGUUCCACAGCAUCAAUGCGCCCAUUUACAGGCGGGGUCGCCAUGACGACUGAUACUGACAUGAACUACAGCUCCCAUCAUGCAACAGCAGAUUAUGUUUGUGGAAAGAAGAAGAAACUAAAGUGUAACACUUUGACCGCUGCUCCUUCGUCUCCUCACAGCUUGUCACAUGACCUGUGGGGGGGGGUCCCAGACAGGACCUCCUCCUCCUCCUCUUCUCCUCUUUCCCUUCGUCACAUGAAAAUCUGCUGUUUGAUUGGUCGUCUGUGAGGAGGUGGAGCUUCAGCGGGAAGAAGGACCCACAUCUAUCUGCACUUUGUUUACACUUGUACAUAAAGAGUUUAGGAAUCAGCUGAUUGAUAAUCCUCCGUUCUUAUUGGUCGAGAGGAGCCGUGGCCUUGAGGCACUGCAAUAUUACAGAUUCUAUAUCCAUGUGUUGCUUUAAUAAAGAGCUUUAUCUUC